AUGAACAAAGACAGCAAAGUUGUGGUUAUCGGAGCUGGGAUCUUUGGCCUUUCAACAGCCUACCAGCUCGCAUCUGAGGGCUAUCGUAACGUGGUCGUCGUCGACCGACACAUGCCACCAGUCCCGGACGGAUCCAGCUCUGAUAUUUCCCGUGUCAUUCGAUUUGACUAUGCAGAUGACGACUACCUCGAACUUGGCUACGAGGCCUACCUGAAAUGGCGCGACAAUCCCCGCUACAAUGGCAUUUUCUCCCCUGCUGAAUAUCUCUUGGUUGGCAAGACGAGCCCCUACGGGCAGGACUGGAUCACGAAGACAACAGCUGCACUUGACCGGAUGAAGUUGCCCUGGUACAAGCUUGAAAGUGCCGCUUCUACCAAGAAGCAGUUCCCUGUUCUAACUGGAGAUCUUGCAAAUCCUGGAUUUUUCGGGUACAAUAAUCACCAAGCUGGUUGGGCGGACGCCGCUAAGGCUGUCGCUCAGCUCCGAGAUGACUGCUUUGAACUCGGUGUUUCGUUCAUUUGCGGUCGGGGAGGGACCGUAGUUGGAUUUGAAACCGACUCUCACAAAACCAUCAAGGUAGCUCGAACCCUUACUGGUACUCUCAUUGAGGGUGACCACUUUGUGCUGUCGGCCGGGGCUUGGAUGUCGGGCCUAGUUUCCUUGUAUAAUUCUACUCUAUCGACCGCGCAGGUGCUGGGAUACGUUCGGCUCACGCCGUCCGAGAUGGAAAGGUACAAGAAUCUGCCUAUCUACUCCAACUUUUCGACCGGAUGGUUCAACUUCCCACCACAUGAAGACACCCAGACAUUGAAGAUGGCAAUCCACGGAUGGGGGUAUACCCGCACACCCACCGCGGAGGACCUCAACACUAACAAGUCAAAUAUUUCGACGCCGCCAUUGAUCCCUCCCCGCGAGCGUCGCAACUUUGUCCCAGCCGAUGCAGAGUCCCGUUUAAGAGCUGGUCUCCAAGAGAUUCUACCUGAACUUGGAAACAGGCCCUUUGAGAAGCUAGCUAUGUGUUGGUAUACAGAUACUCCAAGUGGAGACUUUGUCAUGGAUUGGCACCCUGACUAUUCUAAUCUGUUCAUUGGAGGCGCCGGCAGUGGGCAUGCAUUCAAAUUCUUGCCGGUGCUUGGAAACUACUUGUCCUUGGCUCUCAAAGGACAUUUGCCUGCUAAACUGGCUCAGAAGUGGCGGCUCCGAAAAGACUACGCAGCUGAGAAUGACACAUUCAAGGGGGACGGCAGCCGUGGUGGCCCAACCAGACGAGAGUUGGAGUCGCAGGAACGGGCAAAGCUGUAA